UCCUAAAUCUCAUAAUUACGAAGAUCAUCCAAGUCAGUAGGUUAUGUUGGUUUCUGAAUAAUUGAAUUGAAUGUUCAUUGAUUUAAAUGGGUCUGCUUUCUCGAUAUCCUAUCUCGUUCUUUACGAGUGAUUUAUAGAUAUUCAUUGUAUGAUUUAAGCUUUCCUGUAUUUCCUCAACACUUCCCAUUCCAUGCCAUUUCCAUGUUGGCUUUACUAUGCUUUCUUCUUUUGGCCGAAUCCUUGGAUGUGGCUACAUUAAUUUUUUUUUAGCUAUUUUGUUAUUCUUCAAUCUCCUGGUUCUUGUAUGCAUGGAAAUAGUUUCUAUGUCGCGUUUGCAAAAGGGGUUUUGAAUCGGAAUGAAGGGAAACAAAAUCCCUCCUUUGAAAUUUUCAUUGUUCAGACGAGGAUAUCAAGUUUUUCCCGAUUUGUGCAGUGAUUGAAUGAUUGUGAUGGUGCUGACAAUGACAUGGUGUAGUUUCAGUAAUGGCAGCCGCUGUGACACAGGUUUGUCAGGGUUGGCAGUGAUGGCAGUGAUGAGUAAACCCAGAGACAGACAUAGAAAUUAAAAGCAAGAUGAUAUGGUAAUUGUAAAAGGAAAGAAGAAAAGGACAAGGACAACAACAAGAACAAGAAAAGGAUGAUGAUGAUGAUGAUGAAGAGGAUAACACAAAGCAUGACAGUGAUGUGGCAGAAGGGAUUAAAGAAGAACAUGCCAUCAACAUCGAGAGCUGUAAAUACUUUGAAGCAUAACCAUUGCUAUCAAAUUAGAAAGUCUCCUCCUCUUGUCUCCCUUGACUUCCCUGACAUCUGGACCCCUAAUUCCCUGGACUAUGAUUGUUCUCCAAUCCAGAAAGGCUCCAAUGAGCAGACCGCUGCUGUAAUUGAUGGGAAGUCAAUUUCUGAGGAAAUCAUAUCAGGAAUAGCUAGUGAAGUGCGCAGGAUGAAGGAGUCUAUUGGAAAGGUUCCUGGCUUGGCUGUGAUCUUGGUUGGUCAAAGAAGGGACUCUCAAACUUAUGUCCAGAACAAAAUAAAAGCUUGCGAAGAAGCCAGAAUCAAGUCUCUGAUGGCUGAACUGCCUGAGGAUUGUACAGAAGAUGAAAUUCUCAGUGCUUUGUCAAGCUUUAAUGAGAAUCCAUCAAUUCAUGGUAUUCUUGUGCAGCUUCCUCUUCCAAAACAUUUAGAUGAGGAAAAGAUUUUGAACAUGGUGAGCCUAGAAAAAGAUGUGGAUGGCUUCAAUCCACUGAAUAUGGGAAAUCUUGCCAUGCGCGGAAGGGAGCCACUGUUCAUCCCCUGCACUGCAAAGGGUUGCAUUGAGUUAUUGCUCAGGUCUGGUGUGGAAAUCAUGGGGAAGAAAGCUGUGGUGAUUGGAAGAAGCAACAUUGCUGGAUUGCCCACAUCAUUGCUGUUGCAGAGGCACCAUGCAACAGUCAGCAUCCUACACGCAUUGUCAAAGAACCCAGAUCAGAUCACCCGCCAAGCUGACAUUGUGGUUUCAGCUGUGGGAGUGCCUAAUCUUGUCCGUGGCCAUUGGCUAAAGCCUGGUGCAGUUGUCAUUGAUGUGGGAACAUACCCGGUUGAGGACCCCAGCUCCGAGUUUGGUUAUCGCCUCGUUGGAGAUGUGUGCUAUGAGGAAGCAUUAGGGGUAGCAUCUGCCGUUACACCUGUACCAGGAGGUGUUGGACCCAUGACAAUCGCCAUGCUCCUCUCCAACACUCUGGACUCUGCCAAGCGUGCUUAUGACAUUACUUGAUCGGCCUUCAAUUUAUUAUGACUUGGCUAUUUGAUGUUACAUCCAUUCAGACUUUCUUUGCAUGAAUACACCUGUACAUUCCAUUUUUUUGCUGCAACUACAUGUAAUAAUUAUUUACUUUAAUGGGUGAGAUUGAUUAGAGGCUGGUCUUCUUUGGCUGUCACAAAUGAGUUCUAA